ACUCUCCACGCCACUUCACGACCACAUCUUCUGUGUAUAACCAACACGAACCGAAAACAUGCUCUUAUACAUCCCAUUCCGACCUCUCUUCGCUCGGCCUGUCCUCUCAAAAUGCAUCCACACCACCCCUACCUUCUUGCGCGCGCCAUCCUCUUUUACCCGUCCUGGCCCUCCGCCUCUUCCUCCAGCCGAGCAAGCAGAGUUUGAGGCCCUUCUUAAAGCCAAUCAGACUAUUGGCACUAUUCCUACUGCGGAGCAAGAGAAUGAGAAAGAUCUACAUCAAGACGUGAGGAAGGGACCCAAGCCUGAAUUUGAUGGUGAUGUCAAUCCCAAGACUGGGGAACAAGGUGGACCGAAGAAUGAUCCAUUCGUAGCGGGAGAUGCGGACUGGCAAUUUGGAGGACGAGUAACCGACUUCUAAUCAGAGAUAGACAGUGUGUUGGCAUGAUGAUGGAUUGAUAAAUAAAAGAUGUUUUACUGAAUACCAGCUAUUAAACCGGUUCAGGAAAAAUAAGGCUUCAUGAUAAUACGGGUUCGGACACUCUUAACAGCUUACGCAUUCUUUUAAAGACGUAGAAAUAGGAAUCUACCAUACAAAAAAAAUCAUCCAUCGCAAUCGACAUGUGACCUUAGAAGUCUACACCAGUCCCUAAGGAAACAUUCUAAUAGCUACAGACACUACUACUGAGCAUACUUUCGAGUCCAUUCUCUGGCUUGGGCGAUGGCAGCAUUCUGGUUCUCCUUCCAGUGCUGGGCAACAUCAUUGGCAAGGGGGUCGUCGGGGUUGGGAGCACCGAGAAGAGCCUGAAUAGAGAGGCUAUGAGGGAUGCGUGAGCAGACGCAGAGUUUAGUGAUAUGAGGAGAUAGACGUACAGGACGGUUCGAAUUUGAAGAGCAGGGGACCACUUGUCUUUGAGGAUAUCAAGACAGAUUCGGCCGAGCUUGUCUAUAGUUCAGAGCAGUUAAAAUGUGUUUCUUUGGUUGAUAGGGGAUAGCUACAGAGGGCGCAUAGACAUACCAAUAUUUGGGUGGCUAGGUGGAAUGAAUCAGCAAGCGAUGA